ACAUGUAUAUAGCAUAUGGUAGUGUGUGUGCCUAUAUCUGUUCGUGGUGAAUCGGUGAGGGCGGAGCAGCUCUUUGUAUCGACUGCUUCUGGUGCUUCUGUUGCUUCUUCAGUGGCAAAGUCGCAUUAAAGUGAAUCGUAAAUAAAAACGCCUGCCAGGCCAAGAACAUAAGUAAACACAACAAGAGAACGUUCGCAUACCACAGGUCUGGUUCUUCGGGGCCUUUGUUCUCGGGCAUAUUAUGGGAAAUGCAGAGUCUACGCCGCCUGCAGAUGAGUCGCAGGUGCAGCAGCCGCAAGAACAGCAGCAAAGACAGCGAGCGGGAGGAGCAGCCGCUACAACGGAUGACGAGCCCUGGUGGAAUGACAUCGAGCACGAGAAUUUGGUACUGCAACAGGCCCCCACCAAUGCAGCCACAUCAACGCCCAAGAGAGUUGUGGAGGCUGUGAAAGGAGCGGAAGAAAAGGCAACAAAUCGAGAGGAACCCAUUGCCAUGGAUAGCAAGGAGGAGUCCCCUAAGCGUGAGCAAACUCUGGAGGAAUUCAGGGAGGAGCUGCGCACCAAGCGGGAGGCGCGUCAGACUGCUGUGCAGGAUCUGCGCGAGGAAAUGAACAGCCUGAGAAGAGAACUGGCCAAGGAGCAGGCAGAUAAUCGACGUCUAAGAAAGGAGCAGGGCGAGGAGGAGAGGCCAGCAGAGCAGGUGCAGGAGCAGCCGCUCGAACAGCCUCCGCAGGACCCUCUAGAUGUGCCCAAGGAGCAGCCAGAAAUCGAUCCAGACGAUGAGAAUCCCUCGAGCCGCAGUCGCCAUGCCAACAUAGAGCUGGCCAACGCCCAAUUGGCACUGCAACAGGCCAACGCCGAGAAUCUGUCGCUGCGCGGCGAAGUGGAGGUGGUGCAGCGUCAGGUGGGAACGCUCAAGGAGGUGAUCAGCUGCUGCAAGCAAAUGCUCAGCGUCAAAGAGGAGCAGUGUGCACAGCUCAAGAUGAAACUGCAGCAGAUCGAGAACUCCUUCAGCGAGCGUGAGAUGAAGAUUAUGUCCAACAAUUUGCGGCAGGAGUACGAGCGGCAGCUGGUCAACAUACGCCAGUUGAGGCAGCUCUACGAGGAGCGGCAGCGAGUGGCGGCCGCUGAAUACGAGAAUCUGCAGCGUCUCAUCUCCAUCAAGAAGGAUGAACUCAUAGCCGAGCAGGAGAAAACGAAGAACUUUGAGGAGCGCAAUCAAACGCUGCUCAAAGAAGUGGAAACGGCCAACGAGCAGCUGUCCAAGCUGCGCGAGGAAUGCGGCGAACUAAAGUACGAGAAGCGAAUGCUCAACGAGCAGGUGGGAGCCGUCAAUAUGCUCUUUAGUCAGCUCAUUAUGGGCUUCAAUGGCAAGAGCAACAUGGACAUUGAUCGCUUGAAUCAAAUGCUGGAAGAGAAUCGCCAGCUGCUCAAUCAGAUGACCCAGGCCGAGGGCAGCUGCAGCGAUGGCGCGACGCUGCCCAAGCUGCUCUUUGAGCUUGUGGAGGAGGCCACUGGCUCAGGCGGCUCCGGCGAAGACUCCGACAAGAGUCGCAGUGCAACGCCAACACCCCGGGCAGUGGAGGAGCGAGGAGGUGGAGGAGGAGGUGCGGCUGAGCCCGAAAUUAUGGGAAAAGUGGCCUCGGCCCAAGAAAUCAUUGGCAACUUGCCAAAAGUUUGGAAAGUGUUGAUGGAGCUCUUGAGUCACCACAAAAUUGAGCGCGUGCAGUUUGAAGAGCUGCCCCAGCCGGCACGAGGCAUUGCUGCUGGUGCUGCAGCUGCUGUUGCUGCCACAGGGGAAGCUGGCAAGGCGGCAGCAUUAGCCAAGCCAGCGGAGCUAAGCGUCAGCAAGACCUACAUCAAAUUGAAGGACCUCAUACUGGAGAAGAAGUCGCUGGUGAAGGAAACGAAUCGCUUGAAGACGCUCAACAGUCAUUUGGACUAUCGCUUGAACGAGCAGGAGAAGCGGCUGAGCGCCGUCAGCUUGGAGCUGACCAAAACGUGGCAUCUGGUGGGCAAGAUGCAGCGUCAGCAUCGGCAGCUGCACACCCAGGAGCAGAUCCUGCGCUACCAGCUGCAGCAGAAGCGUCGCCUGCUCAGCGAGCUGAAGGACGAGCUGGAGUACUGCCGGCGCAAGUGGGCAGCGGCCAGGGCCAAGAACGAGGAGACCCAGGAGCAGUGCGACGACUGGCGCAGGGAAUUUGCACGCCGCAAGCUGGAGGAUGCCAAUCACUCGGCGGAGAGCGGCUACAGCGAUUCGGGGCCGCAGUCGGAUGAGGAGCGGGACUCCGGCAGGGCAGAGGAGCAGGCCGCAGCAGAGCCUGUGGUUGAGGCCGUCACGCCGCCUUCUACUUCCGGCAAUUGCCGCAGAAAGCACUUGAGGGAUCAGUUCGAGCACACGCGAAAGAUUAAGCGCAUGCAGAGCACAUCGCCGGGACGUCAGGCGGCCGCUGCGCUGGCCUCUGGCUCUGCGGAGGAAGAGGGCGAGGAGAUUGUUCUGCGCUGGAACAGUGCGCCGCCCACCUGCGGCUGGCGUGGAGAGGCUAUAGAGAACGACGAGGACGAGCUGGACGUGGGAGCUGAGGACUCACGCGGAGCCAUACCCAAGACCCCACACAGCUCGCGCAGCAGACAGCGCAGUCAGGCGGAGGAGGCAUCCACCUCGGGCACGGCCAGUCGCAUCCAGAAGCUGGAGGAGCAGUGCAAAUCGCUCAUACAGCAGGUGCUGGAGACCUCCGACAAUCGCGAACGUCUCGAGGUGCAGCUGUGCCGCUUCCAGGACGAGGUCUCGCCCGCACAGCAUGCAGUGCCCCUCGACGAUUUCAUCAACAACAAGCGGCUGGAGCGAAUGACGCGUGCCAGCUCCGCACCGGCCACGGGCAGCCUCACGCCGCGCGAGGAGGAGUACACGAGAAAGCGAUCGGAGCGACUGGGCCGCCUGGAGGAGGAGUCGCGUCAGCUGAUGUCUCGCAUCAGGCGCACCACGGAUCGCGGGCAUUACCUGAAGAAGUCUCUGGAUCGCAUCAGACGUGCGCCCAGUCGCGAUGCCAGCUUCGAGAGCAACACGGAGGAGACUGCGGAGACCGAGGAGACCAAAACGGAGGAGACUGCAUCCCCGCUGACCGCCGACGAGGAGGCCUACACAUCCAGGCGUGCCGCACGCCUGCGACGGCUGGAGCAGGAGAGUCAGCAGCUGCUCGCUCAGCUCUCAAAGAACUCGGAGCGAAGCGAGGGUCUGGCCAACAAACUGGACACGCUCCACGAGCGACAGCAACAGCAGCAGCAGGAGCAGCCCAUCACAGCUGCAGCAAUCUCGCAGACUGUGGAACAACGACUGGAGGACAUCGAACGAGUGUCUGUGAAUCGCGCCGAGCGUCUCCGUUUGAUGGAGGCGCAGGGCAACGAGCUGAUUGCACGGCUGAGCAACACGUCAGAGCGGGGCACGGCCAUGAUCAAUCGCAUGGCAGAGCGGGAGGCCAGCAGACGGCAGGAGGCCGAGCUGGUGGAGCAGACCCUGCCCACGGAGGAGGUCACCAGCUCCGUGAAGAACAUAGCCAGCACGCGGAUUGCAGACGAUGCCGAGGGUGCCGCCUGCUGCGUCACCGUCACCACAACCGCCACACAGAAGGCCAUGCAGCAGCAGGCGGCGGCCACGGGCGCCAUUCCCAAGAAACCGCCAAGGAGCACACCACAGGCUCACCUGUGCGCCGCCUCACGCCAGGACGAUGCGGCCAAGAAGCGUUCCACUGACAAGGAAUCAGCAGCGACAAACGUUGCACCAGAAACUCUGGAGGAUAUGGUGCAGCGACUGCGUUCCUUGCCAUUCCCGGCCGAGCAGCAAACACAAAAUGUGGCAGCCGCGGAAACCAGGGAAGAAGAGCAAGCAGCGGAGGAGGAGCAGCAGGAGGAUGCAAACUGAAAGAUGUUCACUAGAGUUUAAAAUUACGAAUACUCCGCGGUAAUCCUUAACCAUACACAAAUAUCCACACAAAUAUUGUUCAUUUCCGGAAUGAAUAAAGAUUUUAAUAAUCUCA